AUGGCUAAAGCUAUUCCUGCCCUAGUUCUAGUAUUCAGGAUCUUUACCCUUGUGGCCUGUGUUGUUUCUGGGCUGCUUCUCGCUCUCGACAACUUUACAGAUGAUGGUGAAAAUUUUCAUUUUUAUGAUUUCAUUUCAUUCAGGUAUGUGCUUUGUGCAGCAGCAAUAGGAGCAGCAUACAGCCUACUACAGCUACCAUUUAACAUAUACUAUACCUGCACCAAUAAGCGCUUGAUCCGAAACGGAUGCAUGCCGAACUUUGAUUUCUAUUCCGACAAGGUAGUGACCCUGGUUCUAGCUUCCGGUGUCGGAGCUGGUUUCGCAGCGGCAUUCGAGCUCAAAAAGGCUUUCAAAUUGUUACUUGCUCUGAUAGCGUUCGCGCAACUAGCAGCUCAGUCAGCUGACUAUGAUGUCGACAAUACCUCUACUUCGGUUCAAGAUCCAUCGAAGUACAAUCACUUCUUUGACAUGGCAAUUAUUUCCAGCGGGAUUCUCUUGGUUGGAGCUGUUUGCACGGCCGUGGUUUCGAUUCUCACUUCCAUCACUCGGACUUCAAAUUCGGGUUUCUUUGGAUAA